UCGGACUUGAACAAGCACAUUCAAAUGAAACGAAAAAACUGUGAAUAUUUACUAACAAUGACUGUUUCCUAAAACACAGUCCUAAAACACAAAAUGUGUCUUCUUACAAAAACGGUGCGGUUGGAAUUUGGAUAUUUUGAGUCUACUCUUAACUCGUAAUGUUUGUACCAUUACUUCACACUUUGGGUGAUGUGAGACCAUGUUUUCAUGCGGAGAAUUCUGUUGAAUGAUAGAGAAGAACCAUGCAUCAGAGUAACAGCAGUUUGCUCCACCUGGGUCAGUGGGCGUGUAGGGGUCAGGAGGACGCGGAGAGCCCAGAGCAGGCUAACAUGUCCGGAGAAUCGCUCCACAACCUCUCGUUGGACUGCUGGCUCCAUCUCCUCUCCAGAGACUCUGCUCCGGAGCUGUAUGGGGACAGCGCGAACAUGACGAUGCGAGUGGUCAUUGCUCUGGUCUACCUGGUGGUGUGUGCUCUGGGGCUGGUGGGAAACCUCCUGGCCCUGUUCCUUCUCCACUCCCGCCACCAGUUGCACCACUCGUCUAUUGACUUCUUUGUGAGGAGCCUGGCCGUGACUGACCUCCAGUUCGUCCUCACCCUGCCCUUCUGGGCUGUGGACACUGCCCUGGACUUCCGCUGGCCCUUCGGCAGGGUCAUGUGUAAGAUUGUCAGCUCUGUGACCACCAUGAACAUGUACGCUAGCGUCUUCUUCUUGACGGCCAUGAGCGUGGCUCGCUACUGCUCCCUCGCCUCCUCACUGAGGAUAAGCAGCCCCAAAAUGGCUGCGGCUCGUGCCAAGUGGGCUAGUUUUGCCAUCUGGGUGGUGUCACUGGCGGUCACGAUGCCCCACGCCAUCUACUCCACCACAGUCCAGGUGUCUGCGGAUGAUGAGCUGUGUCUCGUCCGGUUUUCUGGAUCUGCCUCGGGUCACUGGGACUCUCAGAUUCUACUGGGCCUCUACCAGACACAGAAAGUACUGCUGGGAUUUGUGGUUCCCUUGGUAGUGAUCAGCGUGUGUUACCUCCUCCUGAGCCGGCGAGUCAGUGGCGUAGUUGGCAGCGUUGGGGUCAUGGAGAGUUCAGAGAGGUCCCAUCAACGGCGCCGCUCCAAAGUGACCCGCUCAGUGACCAUCUUGGUGCUCUCCUUCUUCCUCUGCUGGCUGCCCAACCAGGCUCUGACACUAUGGGGAGUGCUGAUCAAAUUUGACCUGGUGCCCUUUAGUAAGGCCUUCUACAAUGCCCAGGCCUAUGCUUUCCCUCUGACUGUUUGCUUGGCUCACACCAACAGCUGCCUGAACCCCGUGCUGUACUGCCUGAUGCGACAGGAGUACAGGGCCGGACUCAAGGAGCUGCUGCUCCGAGUCUCGCUGUCCAUCAGGAACUUUCUCACCCUGGCUCUGAGGGGGAAAAGAGUGGAGGAGGCACCGCCUAGCAUGGUGGUUACACACAAGGAUGUCAACGUGUGACUGACUGGAGGGCCAUAAGGAUGCAUUUCAUUUACAAGUUUCUCAUAGUGGAGGCUGCUGUACAGGUCAGGAACAGUCAAGUUGGAAAGUAGCCUACAUGAGUAAUUGAUUAAAUGUUUUCAGCUCGAGACCCAAAUGAGAAAUAUACCGUCCUUCGGCGACUUAAAUUAAGAAGAAACCGUGUGUGAAUAUAGAUGUAUUCUCUUAACUAGCGACCCACAUGCCCAGGGCCCACUUUGGGUCCUGACCGAUAGUUUAAGAAACCCCAAUUAAUUAAUAUACUGACAUAUGCAUUUUGUUGAUUCAUUGGACACACACAUUAGUGAGGUAUUGUGGGAGCGGAGAUAUCAGUGUGAGUCUACUAAAUGGGCAGUGCAGUUCAAAUGUGAUUUCCUUGUUUUUUUGUGUUAGAGCUGUUUGAAAAAAAUCCUGAAAUGUCAUCCUGUUCAGGUGGGAUGGGACUUUGGGCCCCACAUCAUGACUUCACAAUAAGAUCUGACUAUAAUAGACCAAUAACUCACCAAUAACUGUUCAUCUGGGCAAGGGGGUGGGCUCAAGAACAUCCUAUCAGCUAAUCAGGGUUGUGUAUGUCAAUAUUUUCACAUUUGUUUCCUAACGCCCACAUGAUCAGACUGAGCAUUUUAAGGGCCAAAGGAGGCUCAGGGAAAUGAAUCUAAAAAAGAUUUAUGUUGAAGUUAUUUUCAUUAAAUGAACACAUACAGUGAUUUAUUAGACAUACAGUGAUUUAUUAGACAUACAGUGAUAACCAGUGGAAGCAAAAUAACCCCAUAACAUCAAAGAUCCACCACUAUAUUUUACAGUAGGUACAGUGCCUUGCAAAAGUAUUCACCCCCUUGGCGUUUAUCCUAUUUUGUUGCAUUACAACCUGUAAUUUAAAUGCAUUUUUAUUUAGAGUUAAUGUAAUGGAUAUACACAAAAUAGUCCGAAUUGGUGAAGUGAAAUUUAAAAAAUUACUUGUUUAAAAAAAUAUUUAAAAAAUAACAUUGAAAAGUGGUGUGUGCAUAUGUAUUCACCCCCUUUGCUAUGAAGCCCCUAAAUAAGAUCUGGUGCAACCAAUUACCUUCAGAAGUCACAUAAUUAGUUAAAUAAAGUCCACUUGUGUGUAAUCUAAGUGUCACCUGAUCUGUCAAUGCUCUCAGUAUACCUGUUCUGAAAGGCCCCAGAGUCUACAACACCACUAAGCAAGGGGCACCACCAAGCAACCAGCUCUAUGAAGACCAAGGAACUCUCCAAACAGCUCAGGGACAAAGUUGGGGAGAAGUACAGAUCAGGGUUGGGUUAUAAAGAAAUAUCAGAAACAUAGAACAUCCCAUUGAGCACCAUUAAAUCCAUUAUUAAAAAAUGAAAAGAAUAUGGCACCACAACAAACCUGCCAAGAGAGGGCCAUUAACCAAAAUUCACAGACCAGGCAAGGAGGGCAUUAAUCAGAGAGGCAACAAAGAGACCAAAGAUAGAUUGGAGUAUCUCCAUAAGACCACUUUAAGCUGUACACUCCAAAGAGCUGAGCUUUACAAAAGAGUGGCCAGAAAAAAUAAGCAAAAUUGUUUGGUGUUCACCAAAAGGCAUGUGGGAGACUCCCCAAACCCUGAAGGAGCUGCAAAGCUCCACAGCGGAGAUUGGAGUAUCUCCAUAAGACCACUUUAAGCUGUACACUCCACAGAGCUGAGUUUUACGAAAGAGUGGAAAGAAAAAAUAAGCAAACAUGUUUGGUGUUCACCAAAAGGCUGGUGGGAGAAAACCUGGAAGAAGGUACUCUGGUCAGAUGAGACUAAAAUGUAGCUUUUUGGCCAUCAAGGAAAACGCUACAUACAGGGAAAUUCUUGAAGGAAACCUGUUUCAGUCUUCCAGAGAUUUGAGACUGGGACGGAGGUUCACCUUCCAGCAGGACAAUGACCCUAAGCAUUCUGCUAAAGCAACACUUGAGUGGUUUAAGGGGAAACAUGUAAAUGUCUUGGAAUGGCCUAGUCAAAGCCCAGACCUUAAUCAAAUUAAGAAUCUGUGGUAUGACUUAAAUAUUGCUGUACAUCAGUGGAACCCAUCCAACUUGAAGGAGCUGGAGCAGUUUUGCCUUGAAGAAUGGGCAAAUAUCCCAGUGGCUAGAUGUGCCAAGCUUAUAAAGACAUACCCCAAGAUACUUGCAGCUGUAAUUGCUGCAAAAGGUGACUCUACAAAGUAUUGACUUUGGGGGGGUGAAUAGUAAUGCACGCUCAAGUUUUCAUUUUUUUUGUCUAAUUUCUUGUUUGUUUAACAAUUUUAAAAAAUUGCAUCUUCAAAGUGGUAGGCAUGUUGUGUAAAUCAAAUGAUACAAACCUCCCAAAAAUGCAUUUUAAUUCCAAGUUGUAAGGCAACAAAAUAGGAAAAAUGCCAAAGGAGGUGAAUACAAGCCAUUGUAUGGGGUUAUUUUCUGCGUGUGGCCAAAGAGCUUUUCAUGUCAUCUGACCAGAGCACUGAUUCCAAGAUGAGUCUGCUAAAGGGCUUGGCACUUGGAUUUGGAACCAGUGCUUUGGUCACAUGUCAUGAAAAUCAAACUCUUUGCCCACGCACACCAGUGGUGGGUUUGUCGUCGAAAUGAGAACGCAGAAAGGAACCACAUACCUACUGUAAAAUAUGGUGGUGGAUCUUUGAUGUUAUGGGGCUAUUUUGCUUCCACUGGUCCCGGGGCCCUUGUUAAGGUCAGCGGCAUCAUGAACGUUACCCAGUACCAGGACAUUUUAGCCCAAAACUUGAUUGCCUCUGCCAGGAGGUUGAAACUUGGCUGCAAGUGUAUCUUCCAGCAAGACAAUAACCCCAAGCACACAUGAAAACCCACAAUCAAAUGGUUAAUUCAACGGGUAUCUCCGUCUCCGGACUUGAAACCCAUUGAAAACCUGGGGUUUGAAUUUAAAAGGGAAGUCCAUAAGUGCAGAUUAAGGAUAUCAAGGAUUUGUACGGAUUCUGUGUGGAGGAAUAGUCUAAGAUCCCUCCCAAUGUGUUCUAAAACAUUUUAGAAAAAGUCUCAGUGCCAUUAUUCUCCCAAUGUCAGGUAUUGAAAACAAGGGUGCCAAUAAUUUUGACCCCUACCUUUUUGAGAAAAAAAUGUAUUAUAUUAUUUUAUACUAAUACAAUAGCUCAGAGAAAAAUAUUUAGUUUAACAAAUCAUUUCAACAACAAAAACAUUGCAUAUUUUAUACAGUAAUUUUUGCUCGUAUUUAUCAAGGGUGUCGAUCAUUUCAGACCCCACUGUAUAUUCAGGAUCAAAGUUUGUCAUCUGCGGUAACUGAGCUGGCAAAGUCUGUGAUAUUUUGAAGUGGGACAGGGGAAGGGGGCAGAGAUGAAAAGUUAUGUGAUGAGUGAGUUACCCCCAUGCAAUGUAAAGCACUUUCAGUUUUAGAAAAGCACUAUAAAUGAUCAUAUAACCACAGAUGGUUCAUCAUCAAUACAUCCUCAUUAUGCUCAAUAAAUUCUUAUCACAUCAUUUUGAAUGUACAUUUUUAUCUUUUAAAAUGAACCUUAUUUGUUUAUUUUUCUGCUCCAGGAAUAGCAGCAAAUCACAAACAUAUUGAUGAGAUUGUUGUGGGUUGUCAGGUCAUCUUAGCCAAAAAUGCUAAAAUACCUCCAGUAACUAUGAAUGUGAAACAAUUAUUUGAAAACUAUUUUUAAAGUAUACAGUAAACUAUACAGUUAAACAACUAUUCACCUACUAAAUUGCCAUCAGGCUUGCAAAAUAACACAUUGACAUCUUAAUGAAGGGGCAUCAGUUGAUGUUGGUGAUCUGUUUUGCUGUACAUACAAUGCUUUGAUGUAUGUUAAGGACUGUGAAUGUAAAUAAA